AUGUUACCAUUCCUAAGCAGCACAUUGCAUGUGGAAUGAAAUUGAUAUAAAAUUUGUUUUUGGAAAUAAACAUAAAGAAAGUCGAGUAUAGCUUAGUUAACGACUGUGCAAGUAUAGUGAAGUGCGGCAAUUGUUUUCUGUUGUAUUGUAUAUAAUUGCUAGCUAAUAUAUACAUAUAUAUAUAUAUAUAUACUGGUCUCGAAUGCUCCAGGUUGGCUUUUUAUUUACAACUUACGAGAAUUGCUUCGCAGAAAUUUUUUAUACAAUAAAACUAAACUUUUGCAGAAGAAGAAUCCGAUGGUUGUGUGACGGAUUCGACGCGGGUCAAAAAUAGCCCAAAACGGGGAAAAGCAACCGUUUGACGUUUGACAAACGCUUAACCGUAAACUAGAUCGGUCCUUUCGUAAUGCAACCAGCUGCUUCAGCACUAUCAACACAAUCUGAUAUCGCUAAAAACAUGCAGCCCCAAAAUUUGUAUGUGUCAUCGGGCAAUAACAGUGCUGGCAACACCCGUUCAAAUCAACAGAGUGGAAUAUUUCGGGGACCGCCGCCGACUGCGAAUGCGCCACGUGGCACGGGCGCCGGGGGACCUCGCCACCUGCACAUGCCGGCAAUGUAUCCGAAUGUGGUGCUGCAACAGUACUCACAAUAUGGCCAGCGACAGCCGACGUUCCAAACGCCACACAUACAAUAUGGACCUGCGCCCAUUCCCUACUAUCCGUAUCAAUAUCUGCCGUCGCUGCAGCAACAGCCUCCGCCGCCGCCACAGCAUUCGCGCAGCGGUGUUGCCACAAACGCUAGUGUCAACAUCGGUGGCAACACGAUGCCUGUGCAGACCGGCCCAAAUGGACAGCUGGCUGGUCCCGGGGCUACAACGUCCCAACUGCAGCUGCUCACGGGCAGUGUUCAGACCGGCGCGAAUACCGUAAUUGGCGUUGGCGCCACUGGUAGCGGGCAGGUCGGUGUACCACCAAUGGUUAGUGUUAUGCCACCGAAUGUGGCACAACAGCCGGUACAAGUGGUGGCACCGGCGAGUAGGCGUCGCCAUCAACACCGUUUGCAGAUCAUUCAUCCCGAAACGAAAAAGAAUAUUCUCGAUGAGCUGGAUAAGAGCAAUUCGAAUGUGGACAAUGAGUACCAGGAGCAACAAGGAGGCGCUGUUGUUGGAACAACAGUAACUACGACAACAGCCGCCGUUGUCCAACCAAACCCAGAUGUCCCAAUCUGCAUUUCCCAGCCAGAUGCUGCUAGCAUCUGUCUAGCGAAUAACAUGCUAAUUCAAGGCCCGGACUCAAGGGCCAAUGCCCAGUUCAAAUUAGAUCAAAUUCCCGCUCACCGGCCAGAUAUUAUAAUGGGUCAGACCCCAGUGGUCUCAGCGAUGUCGGAUGCCCCAUCUGUAGAAAUAUUGCCGACGCCCCAGAAGACCAAGAGUAAAAAAAUCCCUAUAGUCUCUCCAAAAGAUAUCUCUGAUUCAUCUACAGCUUUUUCAUCUGUCAAAUUGGAUGAUGCAGAAGCAGCGAAAGCAAACGUUAAAGCGACUGUCGAGAUUAAUCAACAGAUACAAACGGACUCUGUGCUACAGCAAAAGAAUCAGUUAAACUUGGCACAUCCACAAGCGAUACAGCAACAGUCACAGAUACACAUACAGCAGCAACAUUCUCAGUACAUGGCGCAUGUGGCAACUCCAACGCCUGAAUUUGAGCACGCUGUGGAUGACGCUUCUGUGUCAUCGUCGCAGAGCGAACUAUUCACAAAUUGUCCACUACAAAAUAUCGAGGCUGAGCCAGAGACAACCGUAGAUAUUGCAAAGAUUGCAACAGCAGCCCAAACCCAAACCAAUGUAGAAGUCUCAUCUGAAGGCGAAUCGACUGCUAUGCAAAUAGUGGAUCAAAGCAGCGAAAUUGAGGCAGCAGAGUCGCCUGCGGCUGUUGCACUUACACCAACAGCACAUAGCACACACGAGAGCACCCCAGAUGAGACUGAUCGAGCCGGGAAUACACAAUUCAAUGAAGCGCCUAUAAAGGCCAAUGAUAAUGUUGAUAUCGGAGUUGACACCUCCAUGCACAGUAAACAACUGGCUACAAAUAACACAAUGGAUGGAACAGAACAGGAAGUAAAACAAGAACAAGAACAAGAACAAGACCUGGAGCUGGAGCUGGAGCUGGAGCUUAAGGAAUCAGUGGGAGAUGGAAAGGAGCCUAGAUCAAAGACAGUUGAACAACAAACUGCCACCUCACCACCAACUGCUGCCAUAGAAACAGAUCCGAUCUCAUCGCUAAUCAAUUACAACGAUGGUCAAUGGUCUCCGAGUAAUCCGAGUGGCAAGAAGCAAUAUGAUCGCCAGCAAUUGUUGCAGUUGCGCGAGGCAAAAGCAUCCCGCGUGCAGCCCGAGGUGAAGAACGUGGCGAUCUUGCCACAUCCGAAUCUGAUGCCAACAUUUAUGCGCAACAUCAACAACAAUAACAAUAAGCGUGUCCAGUCGAUGGUGGGCAUGAUUGGUAGUAAUCGCAACAGUGAUGCGUCCAGCAAUUUCGUGGGCAAACAGGUGUCCAUGUCCGGGGUGCAGGGCGGCGGCCGUAGCAGCAUGAAGGGCAUGAUCCAUGUGAAUCUAUCGCUGAACCAGGACGUCAAACUCAACGAGACGGAGAAUGCGUGGCGGCCACGACUGACCAACAAAGCGGAAACGGAUGCCAGCUCCGAUGGCAAGUCCGUUCACGAGAAAGAUGAACUUGUGCGUCGCGUGCGUGGAAUUCUAAAUAAACUAACGCCAGAGAGAUUUGAUACACUCGUCGAGGAGAUAGUCAAACUGAAGAUUGAUACGCCAGAUAAGAUGGACGAAGUGAUUGUGCUUGUCUUCGAGAAAGCGAUCGAUGAGCCAAAUUUCUCCGUUUCCUAUGCGCGACUGUGCCAUCGUCUGAUUAGCGAGGUGAAGGCACGCGAUGAACGCAUGGAGAGUGGCACCAAAUCCAAUCUGCAACACUUCCGCAAUGCACUUCUCGACAAAACGGAGAAGGAGUUUACCCAGAAUGUGUCCCAGGGUGCUGCGAAGGAGAAGAAAUUGCAGCCCAUUGUGGAGAAGAUCAAAAAGUGUACAGAUCCAAAUGAAAAAGCUGAGAUCGAAGCUCUCCUUGAGGAGGAGGAGCGCAAGAUACGGCGUCGCUCUGGCGGCACAGUGCGAUUCAUUGGCGAACUCUUUAAAAUCUCCAUGUUAACUGGUAAAAUCAUUUACUCUUGCAUCGAUACACUGCUAAAUCCGCAUUCGGAGGACAUGCUCGAAUGCCUGUGCAAGCUGCUCACAACGGUGGGUGCAAAGUUCGAGCAAACACCAGUGAUAACCAGGGAGCCGAGUCGCUGCUACUCACUGGAUAAGCCCAUAACCCGCAUGCAGGCGAUUGCCUCGCGAACUGACAAGGAUGGUGCUAAAGUCAGUUCCCGUGUCCGAUUCAUGCUGCAGGAUGUCAUCGAUUUGCGCAAGAACAAGUGGCAAUCGGCGCGCAAUGAGGCGCCCAAAACGAUGGGCCAGAUCGAGAAGGAGGCCAAAAAUGAGCAGCUGUCCGCGCAAUACAUGAACUACAGCGGCUCCCUGUCCACAUCCAGUUCGAAUGGACCCCAGUCGGGUGCCGGCAAGCGGGAUGAACGCACUGGCGGCGCUCGCUAUAGCGAUUCUCGUUCCGCCGGAUACGGUGGCAGUCACAGUCAGCGCGGCGAUGGUAGCAACAAUGUGCGCCACCAGCAACCGAACAGCGGCGGUAGUGGCAACAGUGGCAACAGUGGCGGCGGCACCAAUGCCAACUCCAAUGGCAACAAUGACGAUAACACGUGGCACGUCCAGACCAGCAAAGGCGGCCGCUCCCAGGCGGUGGAUACCAAUAAACUGGAGGGUUUGUCAUUACAGCUCAAUCAAAAUUUGGAUACGAAAAAGAUGGGCGGACUUAAUCAAUUUAUUUGGAAUCACACUACAAAUAGACAAUCCUCGACGCCAACGACAACACCUUCUAAUUCAUUUGCCGUGCUCUCAUCGUUAAACGAUAAGAACAGCAUUGAUCGAGAUCGGGAUCGUGAUCGCGACCGUAGUGGGCCCCGCAACAAGAGCUCAUUUAACAAGGGUUCCAUGGAGCGUGAUCGUUAUGGAGAUCGAGGCAUACAUUCGCGAACGGGAUCGUCGCAAGGAUCGCGCGAGAACUCCUCGUCGCGCGUUGGUCAAAAUCAACAGGGUCGCGGCAUGAUGAACGCUUCAUUACAAAAAUCUGCUAGUCACUCAAAAUACACCCAACAGGCGCAGCCAAGCCGACUUUCCAACAAGGCUAUGGGUUCUUCCAUGAACAGCUCGACCGCUGGUGUUGGCGGCAUUUACCGAGGCGGCGAUCAGCAGCAGCAGCAGCCACCUUCCAGCUCUGCUACACCGCCUGCGAAAAGCUUAGCGCCACAGACGAUGUACAUCAAGCCCCAAGAUAAUGAUAUUAAGCUGUUUAAGACAGUCGUCACGGAUAUCAUUGAUCAGGAGUCGGCCUCGAAAUCUGUCACUCCAACGGUUGUCGAAUGCAUCAAGCGAAUACCAGAGCCACAGCGUUGCGGCUUCAUGUACUAUAUAUUAACUGAUUAUUUGCAUUUAUCGAAGGUGGGCAAACAGUACAGGAGAUACCUGGCCAUCACAAUUGCCCACCUCAUACAGCAGAACUACAUGUCUGUGGACCAUUUUAAGCUGGCGUACAGGGAGUUUAGCGUGUUUGCCCACGAUUUACUUGUUGAUGUUCCUGAAAUGUGGCUUUAUAUUUUCCAAUUUGCUGGUCCAUUAAUAGUCAAGAAAGUGUUGACUGUGUCAGAUCUGUGGAACAACAAUUUAAGAGACCACCACAUGGGUAAACAGUUCCUUAAAGCCUACUUGACAUAUUGUACGAGGGAAGUGGGACCGAACUUCACCCGCAGCAUGUGGAAGAAAUUUAACAUGCACUGGUCCGAUUUUAUGCCCGAAAGCGAAGCUAUCGCCUUUAUUGAAUCGAAUAGAUUAGAGUAUGUGGAGAAUGAGUCGAAGGCGCCAGUGAUUGAAGACCGCGAGUCACCUGAAAAGCAUGUAAAAAAUGUGAUAGAUCAUAUUGAGCACCUGCUGAAGGAAGGAGCAACUGCAGAUUGCAUAAUUGAUUAUUGCAAUGGCAACAUUGUCUUGCCCGAUAAGCUAUUUAUCAGAGGCCUGACAACGAUUUUAAGCAACUUCGCAAUUGUCUACAAGGAUAAUGAUAUAAGCUAUAAGCUGGAGCCCGAAGUUUUUCAGAAGAUUUGCAUACCAGUUUUUCAGCGCUACAUUGAUUCCAAUGAAGACCUUCAGCUCGAGUGUUUGUAUGGAGUACAACUACUUGUUCACGGCUACGAACAUCCGAGAGGGUUGUUGAAUGAACUCUUCGGUGAGCUUUACGAUGGCUUUGUAAUACACAAGGAGUCACUCUACAAAUGGCGCGAUUCAAAGGAUCAGUCAGCUGGCAAAGGUGUGGCUGUGAAGAGUCUUAAUACCUUCUUUAACUCAUUAAAUGAUGAUGUCAAUUAAAUCGUCAUUAUACUUGUAGAGCUGACAGAAAUAGUGAGUUAGGGCAAAAGAAAACAACACAACUAAUUAAAAACAAAAGAAAACAAAACAAUUGCACUUUGAAGCAGAACAUAAUAUACUUUCAUAUAUAAUAAGAAAGAAAUGUGAAGAUCGGGUGUUAGAACCAGAGAAAAUAUAUUCUACUACAAUAUAUGUAUGCAUAUAAGCUACUUUGCGCGAUCUUACACUACGAUAUAUAUGCAAUAAUAAGUUAGUAUAUAAACAACUGUGUAUGCAUGUAUGUACUAUGAAAUAAAGCAAACCUGAAGGAAA